AUGCUUCUGAACCCAUUCCGACCAUGCGAGGGCUCUCCAACCGUCCAAGAAGAAUACCGAGGCAGCUACGUACCAAAAGUUAUCAAAACAGAAUUUGGCCUCCAAGUUGUGGCGCCCGAUACGCCAUACGUAGCAGCGGCCGGUCCAGACAAGUUAUACUUCAUCGACACCCGGUUCGAUACCGAGACUGCAAAGCACGUGAAGGAACAAAUCGAGAAGGCAACUGUGCCGAACCCCGACGAGUACAUCGCUAUAGACGAGAUUUCGGCUACGGCGGAAUCGAAGAACGCUACGACUGGCGAAACUACAUUCGUGUUUGACCCCGUCUAUGCCAGGGUGCUGUUUGCAAAGGGCAUCAACAGGCAUAACCCGGAGCUCAAAUUGCCUGAGCUUGAGCCCGGCGAGUGGUUUGUGACAUACGACCUGGAUAAUUGUGCCAAAGAAUAA